GCGGCGCCGAGGCACAGAAAAUCGUGUACGUGGGAGGCAGCUCGAACCGGUUGGUGUCCCCAUGGGGUUUCGCAAUGAAGGACUGGAAGGCACCCAAGGUGCUGCCUGGCGACAGCCUAGUGUUCCAGUGGACGGGCGAGGUGCACUCGGUGCACAAGGUCAGCGCGGCUGAGUAUGCCGCAUGCACGUUUGUCAAGGCGAAGCAGCUCGCACGCAACCGCAACUACGGGAGCUACUGGUACAAGGUGAACUGGAGGGAGUACGGCAAGACCAUCUACUUCAGCAGCAAGGCCAACAAGGACUGCAGCCUCGGGAUCAAGGUGGCGUUCAGUGUCGGGUCGUAA